GCAAUGGAAUGGGUCGAAGAUACAAUUGACCUACCCGUGACCGACCCGCCUCAAUCGGGUCUAAUAAAAGUGACGGACCAGAGAGCUUCGCGAAGUAAAAAUGGCGAAUCCAGAGCAUCCCCGUCUCAUCAUCCAUGAUUUUCUCUCUCUAGAUCUCUGCAAGGAGCUAGGGUUCAUACACAAGAGCUGUGGCACAGUUGGGUACAGACCAAACGUGUUCUCCACGACUCUCUCUCAUCUCAUCGCCACUAAUUGCGCUCACUUGAUCAUGCCUUUCGUGCCCAUCCGUGAGAGGUUGAAAGAGAAGGUGGAGGAGUUCUUUGGGUGUGAGUUUGAGCUUUUUGUUGAAUUCACUGGCUUGAUCAGUCUUUUACCAUUUGCUAUGAUUGGUGUUAGCUGGAGUAGAGGAGCAAGCAUUGGCUGGCACAGUGAUGAUAACAGACCUUAUCUGAAGCAAAGGGACUUCGCGGCAGUUUGUUAUCUGAAUAGUUAUGGCAAGGAUUUUAAAGGUGGACUUUUUCACUUCCAAGACUGGGAACCGACAACUAUUGUGCCCGUGGCUGGUGAUGUUGUGAUGUACACAGCUGACAGCAGAAAUAUACACUCUGUUGAUGAGAUUACAGAUGGAGAGAGGCUUACACUAACACUGUGGUUUAGCCGUGAUGGGUCCCAUGAUGAGGAUGCUAAACUCAUUUCCUUUCUUUCCCAAAGCCAAUUACAUCGUUCUAUUCAUGAAUCUCAUUUGUUUCUACCUCUUCCAGCGUCAACUAAAAUGUACUGGUUUCCUCCAGAACAAGCUUCAACUUAUGAGUCAGGAUGUGACAUAUGCUUUGCAAGAAUACAUGCUCUUGGAUACGAUCUUUGUUUUCCUCAAGAUAAGAGUUGUCUGUCUGCAUUAGAUACAUCUAAUGACUUCUCAGAAACACUGAUGGAGCCAUUGAGACUAACAAGGGGAGAAGAGUUACUUGAUGUGGAAUUUGUCAACAUUUUACAUGUUCUUCAGGCUGUUCAAUUCUACUGUUGGAAGUCCUCCGAGUUGCAAACAUUUGAACAUGAAAAGAAAAUAAACAUGUUACCAUUAUCCCAAUCACAGAGGGAAGAAGUUAACAGACUGAAAUGUGCAUUCCUGAAAGAUGAACAAUUGGCGGAGACACUUUUCAGGACCUGUGAAAAGUGCGAGCAACAUCGCUUCAAUUGGGCUGGUUUUUCUGCUGCAGUUGCUGCAUGGGAAGCUUAUUGUAAUACACUAGGUAAAGAAAUGCUUAUGAGCUUACCAUACUGGAAAACACACCAAUCUAUAUUUUGUGUUCCAUCAUUGGGUCUUGAGGAGGGAGCUGAAACUUAAUACAUACAUUCCAUGUUUCAAAUAUAAAUUUUUGGGUAUUCAAUCCCCAUGUUAGUCAACAGGUUAUAGUAAGAAUUGUCCAUUGCUCUUUC